AGCUCCUGACAUCCUCAUAAUUUCCUACUCCUCACUUUUCUUCAAAAAAUACACAUUUUUCAACUAAAUGUUUGACGUGGCAGAGCGUCGGUUUGCUCUGAACUUUUUGAACACUUUGCCUGUGCACAAUGAGUCCCUAGUAUUUUCACCUCUUUCAAUUGCCCUAGUCCUGUCUUUGGUCCACACUGGAGUCCGGGGAUCUUCACGAGAUCAGAUCAGGAAUACGUUGCUAAGUGGUGCCACUGACGAACAGCUUGUGGAGCAUUUUUCGUUUGUCUCCAAAGAGGUGAAGAAUGGAACAAAAGGAGUUGAGGUUUAUUUGGCAAACAAGGUUUACUUGAAAAAAGGAUUCACCGUGAAUCCUACAUUCCUAUCAACCGCACUCAAAAAUUAUGGCGCUGAUGCAAAAUCCUUAGACCUGACUACCCCAGCUGCUGUUCAGGAAAUCAACUCAUUUGUCAACACCGCAACUAACGGAAAAAUCAAAAACAUUGCUACCCAGGACUCGAUCAAAGAUGCAAUUGCUCUGUUGAUCAACUCAAUUUACUUCAAGGCAGAUUGGGAUGACAAAUUCGAUGGAAUGUCUGUCAGCGAACAGGACUUCACUUUGCACACCGGAGAGAAAAAGAAGAUAAAGUUUAUGAAGGAAUUCAUGAACGACCGUUCAUUCUCUUCAGAUGAUGUCUUUGAUGUUCUUCACGUGGCCUAUUCAGAUCAACGCUAUCAGUUCUCAGUAUUCCUUCCGAAACUUAGAAACUCGUUGAAAGAAGCUCUGAAGAAAUUGAAUGAGAAGAGGUUCAAUGACUUGCUGAAAACAAAGAAACGAACCUUUAUGAAUACUCAACUUCCGAAAUUCACAAUCGAGAAGGAUCUGAACUUAAAGUCCCAUUUGCAGACCUUGGGAAUCACUGAUAUUUUCUCUGACUCUGCGGACUUAUCCGGGUUAGCUGAAAAUUUAAAAAUUUCGGAGGGAGUUCACAAAGCGAUCAUAGAGGUGAACGAGGAAGGUACCACUGCCGCUGCCGUGACGAUGAUGAAAGCAGUUCCGAUGUCUGCAAGAAUGGAGCAACCAGUAAACUUUAUAGCAGAUCAUCCAUUCUUUUUCACAAUUACUUUUUUGAAUCAUCCUAUUUUUGUAGGGGUUUUCAAUGGUUGAAUUUAAAUUUGAAUAUUUAUAAAAAUUUCGUUUAUCUUUAAAUAACAAAAUUAUUGGUGGGAUUAUCAAAUUUUCUGAAUAAAAAAUUUCGGUCAGAAAUUC